AUGCAAUUCCGAUUAUAUUCUUGUAUGUUUUCCUACCCAGCUUUUGGAAUGACUAAGAAAAAUCGAACUAACAAAACAGAUGAUGAUCAGAAGAGUACCACUAUCCCAUCAUCGCAACCAUCGAAUUCGAACGGCUCAUCUCCAUCAGUAGCAGAAACUCAAAAAUCGAAUGCUUCAUUAGAAGUACAAACAAGUGGUGUACCGGCGGCUGAGCCGAUGAUUCGUUGUGAGGAGACUGGCGAGACUUCCUUUUGCAAUGACCCUAUGGGUUCAGGGGAUAUAAACAAUGAGACUGCAAAAGUCUCGGAAAGCUCCACCACUCCCUUCUUCUCUGCUUCUUUAUCUCGUCGCGACAAGUCUACGCUUAAUGAGACAGGAGAAACUACCUUUUCGGAGGACGAUGGUGAGGGGGAAGCAAAUCAGCUUGAGACCGAUUCUUCAGAUGAUGAAGAUCUUGCCAUGCGUUUGCGACGACGGAGUGGUAGCGAUUCAGAAGACGAAGAUGGAUACGAGGAUGAAGAUGACGAUGAAGACGAGGACAGAGCUGAAGCCGAUGGCGAAGAUGAAUGUGAGGGCGAGGAGGAAGAUUAUUAUGCGGAUGAUGGAGCUUCUCAAACCUCUAACGAAGAAGAAGUGAUGGAUUCUGCGAAGGAGGUGGACGACGCCGUGGCUAUCCCCGAAAAGGAAGCAAGGGACCAGAAUAAGAAACCUUCUGGCAGUCCAGUGAAUCGGCGAGAUCCUACUUACGUUCCGCGCGAAGGAGCCUUUUACCUCCAUGAUGCUCGGGAUGAAUCAGGUAAUGGCGAUGGUGAAGUGGAAGUUGCUCCAGCACCGGGAACGGUCUCAACUCGUCGUUCGGGAAUGUUGGGAUCGCGUUGGGAGCACGAUCUUUACAUAGAGCGGGAGCAGCGGCCGCGUACCACUGAGGAGAUAGUUCGUCGCUAUGGCUAUGACAUUCGUAAGUACGGCCCGGACCCCACUCAGGAGGUUACAUCUGGACGCGUCGUCGGUAGCUCUCGAAAACGGGGUCAGGCACGAAGGAGAGGGGUACGAUUCGCCAAUUCGCUCAAUGAUGGCGCAGCCUUUACCUCAAAAGACUUCCCAACAAUAGAGGAGGGUCGUGUUCACCAGACCCGUAAGCAAAGUAGUGGUAGUCGUUUUCGGAGCACAAAGUGUGGAGAAACUCUGCAUCAAAGCUCUAAGGUAGCGGACCAAGUCGCCACUCCAAAUUCAGAUGCUGAAAGCCAAGAAGGCGUACGGAAGACGAACCAGCCAAUUCUCCGACGGGGUCGCAAGGCUCGUGUUUCCACUCCCCAGGAAGGACAUAAAGGAGUAGUGAUAGUGGGAAAUGUACAAAACCGUCGGGGUAAUAGGGGGCGUGGAGUUGGUCGUAGAUUUUUUGGCACUGAAGGUGAUGGCAGGGGUGGUUUCCACAAUUUUAACAGCGCUCGGAAUCGAGGUCGGGUACCAUCAACGAUUAUGCCUGUUCCAAAGACACAGCCAUCGUCGCAACAACCACAGUUCCAGUUACCUCUGCAGGCACCAAGAUCAGGCAAACGAUAUUCAGUGAAUCGGAAGUCUCAUCGUCCUGAACUUUCACAUGAAGGUCAAGAGGUGGAGACCAGGACGCCAACUUUACCGGACGCAGAGACGCAGAAGUUGUAUCGAUCUUUCGAUCCUUCCAUUGUUGCCGCAAUGGUACAGCGGCAUCAAAAGGAGAAUCCUGAGGCUUUCGAGGCAGCUAAAGGUGUGUUAUUGCAUUAGACGCUAAAAUCGUUUGAAUGCCUUGCUGCUGGGCAGGUGAAUGAAUACGUCAUUGGGUGGCCUAUUGUACUUGAAGUCAUCCGUGGAUGUGGGCUGAGGCUCACAUCUUUGAUUUGCCGUUGUUCUUCGUUACCCUUUCCAUACUGUCACGCGGGCGCACACGUUGGUCUGGCUGUCCGGACUGGACGAUUUAUGCGCCGACUGAUACGAGCGGGGUUGAGUACUCGCACAUUUCUCUCUAACGGUAUUGAUAAUGUUAUCCGCGAAUGUCCCUUCAUCUACUUUUCAGCUGCGUCUUUAUCCAUGGUGGAGGAGCGGACGUUGCGAGUCAUGAAUAGACUCCCCAAACCCCGACCAAAGUGUGAGCCAAAUGACCCAGUCGGAUCACAUGGUGAUGCAGCAACUGCGAAAGGAACCUCAUAG